AGCUGUUGCUAUGUGGACUCACCUUGAGUCCGAAGACUUUUCAUGACCAAGCGGGUCGUCGUUGCAUCUGGCUACUUCAACCCGCUCCACUAUGGGCAUGUGUCGUAUUUGGAGAAGGCACGGGAUUUGGGAACCAGUUUGAUUGUCAUCGUGAACAAUGAUUUCCAAGCUGCGAAGCAUCGACCAGGCGGUAUGAAAUUGCCGGCCAGGGAACGGGUGAAACUGGUCCGAUCCCUGCAAUGCGUCGACGCUGCAGUGGAGGCCAUUGAUGACGAUGAGUCGGUGGCAGAGACCUUGAGAUUGCUACAUCCAGAUAUUUUUGCCAAUGGGGGUGGGACGAAGCCCACUGAGUUGGAAAUCAAGGUGUGUGCGCAGUUGGGUAUUCAGAUGGUGGAUGGACUUGGAAUUCAAUUGCUCUCGCUGACGCCGUACACGCAGCACUAUGAUUGGGGCAAGCCUCGCAAUGCGAGUAUUAUUGCAGCUCUCACCGGGCAGCAGUCACCCGAGCACGACCCACAGGACGAUAGCAAGCCCUUUGCUGAACUGUGGAUGGGUGACCAUCCGUCUGGGCCUGCUCGGGUAGAAAGCCCCAGCAAUGAAAAAGCAAUGAAGAAGAAGAGUCCGAUUUGCAGGGCCGCGUCCUUGCAAGAAGUCAUGCAUCGAUCACCCUCGAUGCUGGGUCAACUCUCGGAGUCUAAGCAGCUCCCGUUCCUACUCAAGGUCUUGUCAAUCCACAAGGCCCUGUCCAUUCAAGCACAUCCUGAUAAGCAAAGAGCAGCCAAGCUCCACGCUGAGAAGCCAGAUAUCUAUAAAGAUGCCAACCACAAGCCUGAAAUUGCCAUUGCCUUGAGCGAUGACUUCCAAGCCUUGUGUGGCUUCAGGGCGGUGACUGAAAUCCUUGAGAUGCUGCAGCAUGUGCCGGAGCUUGCUACUCUCAUGGGAGGAGCCGUUCAGCAGUUAGAAGCCGCAGCAGGAGACGAAGAAAAGGAGUCCGAGGCUCUGCGGCAAGCAUAUUCCAAUGUGAUGCAUUCUUCGGAAGAUGAGCUGAAAAAUCAGGUGCAAGCUCUUCAUGACAGGGCCAAGAUGGUCGUCAUGAAAGACGAUUUGCACAAAAAAAUCAAGGAUUGCUUCAGAUUGGUUUGCAUGCUUUAUGAGCAGUACGGAGUAGAUGUAGGGAUAUUUUCCGUCUUCUUUAUGAACUAUGUCUGCAUGGGUGUGGGCGAAUGCUUGUACAUGGCACAAAACGUGCCGCACGCCUACAUCUCUGGGGACAUUGUUGAGUGUAUGGCCUGUUCAGACAACGUGGUGCGUGGUGGCCUCACUCCAAAAUUCAAGGACGUGGAUGUUUUGUGCGAAAUGCUGAACUACAAAGGCGGUCCACCUGCGACCUUAGAACCUGUCGAGCUGGAGAAGGGUAUCCUGCUGUACUCAGAUCCAGAUAUCCAGGAGUUUCAAGUCACCCACCUGAGCAUCCCCGAAGGAGGCAGCCAGCGGCGGCUCUUUAGUAGCGAGGGGCCAGCAAUGGCGUUGAACCUUUGCGGAGAAGGUACAGUCACCAUCUCUGGGGAGACGCAGGAGGUCACCCCUGGAAAGGUCUUCAUGUUGGCGGCGGGCACCGAGCCGGAGCUUCGUGCCAAGAAGGAGAUGCAGAUUUUCGUGGCAUGUUGCCCUCCGGAGUACUUCCGGAGUCCAUGUCCAAGUCCGAGUCCGACUUGGACCAUCCGCAAGUGGUAGCAACCCACGCAGCGGUUUCGGCGGAGACCAGAAAUCUGCUGCAUCUUCCGGAGAAGUAGCUACCGGUGCAGCUGUCGGCACACCCGGGAAUGCCCCCGAGAGGAGCUGCCGUUUCAUCACUGUGACGUCAACAUCUGUUUGAUAAUAAGGGCCAAAAGCCGGGCCAUGUUGUUGGCGCAUUGCACGGAUUUGCCAUUUUUGGGAUGGCCAAAGUUAGGAAUUCAACCGACCAUUGAUUUCCGGCCAGUUGCUGAAUCAAGCAACGACUAAAAUG